CUCGGCGCUCGGCUCAGGUCACUUUGACAAGCUCGCGCUCGCUCUCCUCCCCCUCCGCCGCGCAAUUAGCAUAUUAAUCAGCCCCCGGGAUCGGGAUUCGGAGCCGAUCGGAGCGCCUCGUCUGCGCGCACGGCGAGGCCGGAACGCAGCGUAGCCCAGCCCUGGACUCGCCGAGAGACGCGGGAUCGGGCUGCUGCUGUUGCUGCUGCUGCCGCCGCCGCUCCGCUUGCUGCGGCUGCUGCGCUUCCCGGCGGGGAGGCCCCGCGAUCGGGGGGCGGCCUUGCCCGAGGGCUCGGCCAGGGUCUCUCUCAGGGCGGCGGAUGCCAGGGCCCCGCCGAGCGGGCACGUCGCACCUCCCCUGCGCCAGGCCGGGCAUGUGAAGAUGUCAGUGGGCUGUGCGUGCCCAGGCUGUUCCUCUAAGUCAUUCAAGCUGUACUCUCCAAAGGAGCCCCCAAACGGCAACGCCUUCCCCCCCUUUCACCCGGGCACUAUGCUGGAUCGAGAUGUGGGACCAACUCCUAUGUAUCCGCCAACAUACCUGGAGCCUGGGAUUGGGAGGCACACACCAUAUGGCAACCAGACUGACUACAGGAUAUUUGAGCUCAAUAAGCGGCUGCAAAACUGGACAGAGGAAUGUGACAAUCUGUGGUGGGAUGCCUUCACCACCGAGUUCUUUGAGGAUGAUGCCAUGCUAACAAUCACCUUCUGUCUGGAAGAUGGACCAAAGAGAUACACGAUUGGCCGCACCCUGAUCCCCCGCUAUUUCCGCAGCAUCUUCGAAGGGGGUGCUACCGAGCUGUAUUAUGUCCUGAAGCACCCGAAGGAGUCCUUCCACAACAACUUUGUCUCGCUCGACUGUGACCAGUGCACCAUGGUCACCCAGCAUGGCAAGCCCAUGUUCACCCAGGUGUGUGUGGAGGGCCGCCUCUACCUGGAGUUCAUGUUUGACGACAUGAUGAGGAUAAAGACGUGGCACUUCAGUAUCCGGCAGCACCGGGAGCUCAUUCCCCGCAGCAUCCUUGCUAUGCAUGCGCAAGAUCCCCAGAUGCUGGACCAGUUGUCCAAGAACAUCACUCGAUGCGGACUGUCAAACUCCACGCUCAACUACCUCCGACUUUGCGUAAUCUUAGAACCAAUGCAGGAGUUGAUGUCACGGCACAAGACCUACAGCCUCAGUCCCCGGGACUGCCUCAAGACAUGCCUCUUCCAAAAGUGGCAACGGAUGGUGGCGCCACCUGCUGAGCCUGCACGUCAGCAGCCCAGCAAGCGCCGGAAAAGGAAGAUGUCAGGGGGCAGCACCAUGAGUUCUGGAGGUGGCAACACCAACAACAGCAACAGCAAGAAGAAGAGCCCAGCCAGCACCUUUGCCCUCUCCAGUCAGGUACCUGAUGUGAUGGUGGUGGGCGAGCCGACCCUGAUGGGCGGGGAGUUUGGUGACGAGGACGAGCGCCUGAUCACGCGGCUGGAGAACACGCAGUUCGACGCUGCCAACGGCAUUGACGACGAGGACAGCUUCAACAACUCUCCCGCGCUGGGCGCCAACAGCCCCUGGAACAGCAAGCCCCCCUCCAGUCAGGAGAGCAAGUCCGAGAACCCGACGUCGCAAGCAUCGCAGUAAAGCCCUCACCCCCAGCCUGGCCUUCAACGGACUUGGCUGGCGUCCCCAUGGACUGAGUCGAAACCGUUCUACCUGGACAAUUUGUGAAGAAGAGUAGCCGGCUGGCUGGCCGGCAAGGUAUCAGGGCCGGUGGGCCUUGCAGCACCAGCCUGCCCACCUACCUGCCUCCAGUUGGCCUGGCCACCACUCCCUGAUGUCUGCACUCUUGGCUGUGCCCUUUAGGGCAGACUUGGGGCGCUGGGCCUGACGGAGCCUGGGUCUCACUACAGGCCUGGCAGAAUUUUAACUCCUCCUCCCUUCCCCACCCAUGCAUCCAGAGCUCCGGACAACACAGGCGGCACUCCUGCAGGAUGGCGUUCCGUGCUCUUUAUACGCCCCGUUGGAACCUGACUGGCACGAAACACCUCAGGAAGGGAAGGGGCCACGAAUGCUCUUGGCCAUUUGGCAGAAUGUCCAGCCCUAAGCACGUUUUAUAUAGAAGUCCAGCUCCAUAUUUGGCCUCAGGGGGCUCCCUUCUAACAGGAGGGUCUGGCAAUGUCAUGGGGGCAGCUAUGAUUUCUGUGGGGUGGGUCUCAAGCAGUCCCUCCUGGUGCGGCAGUGGGGCCACUGCUGCCCCGCCUGAAGACAAGGGGAGUUUAAUGCCUCCUGGAGUGGGGUUAGAAAGCAACUCUGCAGUUGGCAUGGUGAGGGCACCUGCCCCUUUGGGUCUGGCCUUCUGCCUGACCUGCUCCUACAGAAAACUGCAAUCUUGACCCCCUCCCCUGUACUUUGGGUUUGGUUUUUUGUUUUUUUACAAAAAAAUAUUAUUAAAAUUGUACGUUUAAAAAAAAUAUCUGCCCUUCCUCCCUAUUUCCCCCCAGUCCUGAUUUUUGUACAGGCUUGUCUACCAAUUGGGAGUCUUGGUUUUUAUAUACAGUUCUGAGAGCUUCAAACCAAGGAGAGACUUUG